UCUAAUUUUUGAUUUUCUCGAAUAUUUUUAUCGGUUUACUGAGCAUAAGAGUUCAGAAGUGAAGAACACGACUCUUUCAACAGAAAAGAAAGUCCGAAGCAUGUUUUUGCUUUGUACACUGCUUACUAACACGCUAGAAAACUAGUCGCCAGCUGAAGAACUGUCAAUCACUUCUAGUUGGACUUUGAAGGAAACAAAACAACAUCAAAUAUUAUCUACAAACAUGUGCCUGAAACUCAGUGAUGUCAACCCGAAAAAACUCUAUCCACGAUAUCCAUUUGUGAGGGCCUUCACCACAUCACCGUGUCUUCCCACGUAUGCCUUCGUACUCUAUCGUCUUAUCGUUGGGCUAUACUGCUUAGCAUGGUUGAUAUUCAGCGGUUACAACUACAACUCCAAGUGGUUACUGUACAUCAGUAACUGGAUCUUCGUUUUCAUUGCUGCGCACUUCAUAUUCGGUUCAAUAUUAUCCAUGAGCUACGGCCUCUCAGAUGAGGCACAAUACUAUGACACAUCAACCAGAUGGGGUUCGGAACCAUUCAUCGAAGGUUUUUCCGGUUACGAUGAAGACAAAGAGAGCACAGGCAAGGAAGUUUGGGUAGACGAAAAAAUCGAAGACAAACUAGGUUUAUGUCACAAGCUACUGUGGAUAAUCUUCACGAUUGCCAGUGUGGGUGCGUUACAGAUUACACUCAUUUACUGGAGUAUCUUUUACGAAGACCAAGAAAUCAAUGGCGUCAACAUCACGUUUCUAAUCUUCAAUUCUGUUUUUAUCACCAUCGAGUUGCUGCUCAGUAACCUACCCGUCGUUCUCCUGCAUUUCUUUUAUUCACACAUCGUUCAAUCGAUCUACAUUCUGUUCACGGUGCUUUACUGGGCGUUCGGAGGCACCGAUGCGAAAGGUCAUCCUUAUAUUUACAAGGCUCUUGAUUACGAAAAUGAGCCGGAUUGGGCAGUUAUUUUCGCGUUCUUGUACGUCGUUAUCUUUCAGAUUUUAGCCCACAUUUAUUGCUUUUCUCUCUUUCAUUUGAGAAAAUGGCUUGUUCGCAAAUUUUACUUGAAAUUGUAAGACAGCAAAAAUACAACACGCGCUCUCAUUAGUUACAACAAAUACGAACCACGCCCGAUGCCGUGUUUGUUCUGCACGACACGAGUGAAAAACGUCUGCUAUGCUCUAACUCCGUAUGCAAAUUAGUCAAAAUGUGUAAAAAUGUGUCAAUUUGACUUUUAAUUAAACAUGCCUGAUAAAUUUGACUUCACAAAAUUGCAAAACUUAGUGUCCAUGCUUGAAACUUAAGGCUAAUUCUUUCAUAUUGUGUUUGUUAAUACAGUAGUUGGUCUGACAAGAGUAUACUCUCGAAAUGUUUUGUAUACUCGGAGAAAACAAACAUUUAUUUUCUCACUCACUGGACUCUUCUAAACUCUUAAAAAAUGCGCUGAAAUGCACGCAUGCGCAAACGUUUUUCUCUAGUUGUCGUUCUACACAUGCAAACCAUAUGCGCGCACUUUUCAUCUUACAACACGUUAUUGCACAUUUUGUAGAAUGUUUUUUGGUGUAUCUAUUUCUGUGAGUAUUUCCCUGACAACCAAUGCGUUUUCUCUUUCGACAGCAGCAACAGGGAAUACAGGUUUAUUAUAAAAGCUUUUGCGUCACUCACGAUUAGGUUAUACGGAGGUAAUGGGAUCUGAUCGCUAGCUAACCACAGUCUUGCUUUUUAUCGAUGUAAACACGAUAUUAGAAUUAAUCAAUUAUUCGUGCUCAAUUUUCAAGGUUCGCUAAGUUAACUGAUUUUUUAAUUAGAUGUUAACCACAGAAUAUGGAAUCGGAUGACGGGGCCAAUAGUAAUCACCCCGUCUGGGAGUUAUUUUGCUUUUAUACUUCAUACAUCUUACAUUUUAAAAUAUUUCUAAUAUUAUAAUUUAAUUAAGGUAAUAGUCAUCUUUAUCAUUCGAUUGUACCGCUGUCUUUGAUGACCGCAGACAUUUGUACACUUUUAGCCUCAUUUAUAGGUUAGCUAUUCUUAUAUACCAUUAAAAUAUUGUGGAAUUUCAACACAUUGGUAUUAUACAACUUACACAUUCUUUGCAUUACAGUUGACUUUUGCAAAUGAUUUGCUCCUAAACAAGGCCAAAAAUGAACAAAUAAGCCUGUAGUCAAGCAUCCCAGCGGUAUGUGACUGAAGAGUCUUAUUAGCGUAUGCAUAUGCACAACUUUUCUUUAAGGGGGAUAUAAUUAUAAAAACAUUAAGGGGUAUCCAUAAAAUAAAUGGAGAAUUAACAUUUAAUAAAGUCACUGGUUUUUUACGAAA